UAAAAGCAGUAGAUGUUAGCAGGACUGCGUUGUGGAUGUUAAAGCUCAUCUGGUGCCUGGAGCCCUCUGAGAGGAGAGAUUAAACACUCUUUGGAGCUGAGUCGUGUUCCUGUGCCGGCAGAGCCAUGUCCCCCGAUGAGCUGGUGUACUUGGGGAUUCUUGCUGCCUCUAUCCCAGCUGGAUUCCUCUUCCGUUACCUCAGUCCGCCAGGGAAGCAGGGGGCAGCGCUUCUCCUGGGCCUCUCCAUCACCAUCGCCACCUGCAACAUCCACACACUCCACUCUCUGGUGACGGUGAUUGGAACAUGGAUCAUUAUAAAGAGCAGCUGGAAACAUGCCCCAGCACUGAGUCUCAGCUGGACUUUUCUCUACCUGCUCUUCUUCCGGCUGGUCACCUGGUUCGGUCUCCCCCCACCGACACCUUUCGCCAAUGCCGUCCAGCUCCUUCUCACCCUCAAGAUGGUGAGUUUAGCCAAUGAGGUGAAAACUUUCCACAUGAAGAAGAAAAUGGACGUGAGCUCUUUCUCUAAGUCUCCUGUGGUCGGGGGUCUGUCCGAGGAGCCUUCUCUCUACGAUAUUCUGUCCUAUAGCUACUGUUAUGUCGGUAUAAUGACCGGUCCCUUCUUUCGCUUCCAAACGUACGUUGAUUGGCUGACGCAGCCGGCGCCGCUCGCCCUCCCCGGCUUGGCACCAUGCCUGCAGCGGUUGAAGCUGGUGCCGGUCUACGGCGCUCUGUUCCUGGCCGUAAACUCCGUCUUUCCUCUGGCUUAUGUUCGCACGGACGACUUCCUGGAUCAAAACUAUUUCUUCAGGUUGUUCUACAUGAUAGCUGUGUUCUUCGUGUUUCGGAUGCGUUUCUAUGCGGCCUGGUGUGGAGCUGAGGCCGGUUGUAUCAGUGCAGGUCUGGGCUGUUAUCCAGAAAAGGCGUUGUGCAAACCGGGAGGAGGACCCACAGUCAACUACAGUCCUGAUCCCUCAGUUGAAGAAGAAUACGACUUCAAAACCAUCCAGAACAUUGACUGCUACAACACGGACUUCUGUGUGAAGGUCCGACACGGCAUGCGUUACUGGAACAUGACGGUGCAGUGGUGGCUGCAUCACUACAUCUACCCCAACUCCCCCUUCAAAGCCUACGCUCUCAAGGCGGGCUGGACUAUGUUCAUCAGCGCCUACUGGCACGGACUACACGUCGGCUACUACUUCUCCUUCCUCACCAUCCCCCUGUGCAUCGCAGCCGAGUCGGCCAUGGAAGCCUCCGUCCGAGCCAAACUGGGUCCUCGUGGCCAGAACGUCUUCGACUGGGUCCACUGGUUCUUGAAGAUGAGGGCCUACGACUACAUGUGCAUGGGCUUUGUGCUGCUCCAGGCCUCCGACACUAUCAACUACUGGUCGUCCAUCUACUUCAUCAUGCACAUCAUCGCUGUUGGCUGCAUAGUAGUGGGCAGGGUGCUGGGGGGAGGGAGAAGGGAAGGGAGGCGAGGGGAAAAGGAGGAGAAAAGAGAGGGAGGGAAAGUAGAAGAAGUGAACGAGAAACCUGGAGAAAAAACAGACUAAAGGUAUGAUAAAAAAAAACGAGGUGAUGCUUUUUCGGACAUGAGCUAUUUUCAUCCUUUGCACCAACACUCACAACACCAAUACGAGGCCAACAAGAUUUCCAGUGAGAAAAGUUCAACUCAAUUUUAUUAAAUGCAAAUACACCGAGUCAGACAAAAAUGUCACAUGUAAAUGUCGGUAACUGGUCGCCACUGGAGACUUUUCAUAUACAAGGACUGUGAACACUGGUGUAGGAAUGUUUGAGCACAAUGAAUGUUACUUUUGUAUUGUGAGAGGUAACCUCGGCGUCUGCCUGUACUUACUGUGUGAUUUACUUCAAGUUAUCAUUCUCAGUCCUAAGUGGGUUUGGAGGUGUAUCGCUCGUCAUUGACAAACCAGUGUAACCAUCAGAAUUAUCUUGUGUACUAACCACAACCAACAAAUCAUUCCAGCAGCACUCAGUAUUGUGUUACAGUACGUUUAUACUGGAGUAAAGGAUGAAUGGAUAGUGAUGGAAAACACAUUAGCAUGGCAUAGACUUCAGGGCUCAGCUGUAAUGGCCUGAGUCAUAACACCAGUCCCUCUGUAGAUAGAUAGAAACAUCUCUAUGUUGCCCCUAAACUAGUCUGGUCUCGGCCAGGAGAAGAGGUCUUCACGUGGUGCCCAAAUGCACUGGAAUGUUACGACCUUUAAAGCUAGGGUAGGUGGACCUGAAGAAGCUAAGAGCAGGCUACAUUUAGGACUGAUUCAUCCGACCCCCUUUCUUCAGUCCUCUUGUCAAAUCUAUGCCCCCAAAGCGCAUUUAGGUGAAGCAACUCCUAGAAGCAAGUUUAUCCUUGACUUGCUAAAUUCAUCUCGGUUUCAGCGGUGUACAUCUCCCGCUUGUGAAGAUCUGGUCAUGCACAGUGAGAGCACGAGUAGGGUUGGUGCAGACAGGUCAGUUAGUGACCGACUGGUAGGGCCGGCCGAUCAUUACAUUUGGCCACAGAUAUCAGCAUUUUUUCAUAAUUUCAUUUAUGGCUUUCAGGACGUGAAGAUGAUUUCAACAAAUAAUAUGUGUUUAAGUGUUUAAACAACUAAACAACUUUACGUUUAACCACACACGGUUCGCCGCCCCUCUCCUCCUGGCUUCCAGCUCACCGGGCUGAUGCAGCCAUGCCUGGAACUUCCCUGAGGCAACUGCACAUUUGUUGAUUUUCCUAAACCAGACUUCUGUUUGCUUUUCACGCAAUUUCAAUUGAGGAUGUUGUUUUUGUCUGAGCAUGUGUGAUUGUAAUUUAUAAAUUGUAUGGAACAAAACGGAUUUUGCUGCUGUUUCGAUCUCAAAUCAACACCAACAGCAAACAACCUCAACUAAAUUGAGUUUCUAGUUAGAUGUAGAUAAUACAUGGAUUGUGGUGCACAGUGAAACAAAUUUGGUCUUGACAGAGCACAGCAAGGUCCAGAUUCCAUCUAUAUCGCUGCCCAACAACACAAGGACCUCUGUAUGUGUUUAGAUAAGCUGAAGCAUUUUCAGCGUUAUUAUUAGUGGUUAAUUAUUUCUGUGUAAAAUAGUUUUCUCCCCUGAUCCUGUGAAUCCGAGAUGUUUCUCUGUUUGUGUUUGAUUUUUCCUCUCAGCUCAUAUCAGGGUAUUGCAUGCACUGACAUCUCUAUAGCAGUGUUGCAUCCAGUGAAGAGAGUGCCAUGUGAAAAACAGCAACAGUCCACUCACUGCCAAAACGUCUGUACUGCCAUCGGGGGACCAUUCAGGGUUGGGACCAAACGUUUGAUACAAAAUGUGGCACGUUAACAUCGUAUAAGAAAAAUAUUGCCAACGUCAGGAAAACAGCACAGUUGCGUCUGGACGAUACAGUGGAAGUGAUAUCACAAUGUUAAAUACAAUGUUUUCCAGUAUUGAUAAAUGUCACACCAUAAAAAAAAUUGCAAAUCACACAAGACUAAUCUAAGGUUAUACAUAAACAAAAUGAUCAAACUGAAACGGCAGAAAAUGAAGAUUUUUGGAAUGAUCUGUUUCUGCCAAAAGAAAUUUGUUUUAUAUGAGCAUGCCUGAAUGCAGAAUCAAAACGUCAUUACAUAGAUUUUAUGGUUUGCUGCUUCCCUUUGUCGUUUCUGUGCCAAACCUCAACCCUUACAGAAAUACUUUUAUUUUAUUUUUAUGACUACAACAGAGUGUUGUUUACGUGUCUUUGCCUUCGUAUCCUUCACCAACUGUAACACUCCCUUCUCUGUUAGUGUUACAUGUGGAGUGACCCUACUUCAGCCAGUCCUCACCAAUGUUACGUGUCUUCUCUUUUUAAAGUCUACCUGAUGUGGUUGUGGGUGAAUUAUUUGUUCCUUAUAAACUUCAUGGUGACUUUGUGUAAUGCAUUAAGAUAAAACUUGUGGAAAAAGGUU